AUGGCCAAGAUCCAGGGUGCCGUUCUGUUGUCACUAGUGGCCACAGCUCUGGGGACGUUCUCCUUGAACACCAUGGCCACGGAGGACCCCCAGUGUCAGCGGGCUGAGCACCCGAUUGUUGCAAGUGAAGAAAUAGCUCCCUGGUUGCAUGUAUUCAGAGCAGAAAACGCCGUUGACUUCUCUGAGAUAACUUUUGAUCCAAGGCAAAAUGAACUUAUUGUUGGAGCAAGAAACUUCCUCUUCAGGCUGCACAGUGAGGACCUUUCUCUCAUCCAGCGUGUGGAGUGGAAUUGUGAUGAAGCUACUAAAAAGGCCUGCUACAGUAAAGGAAAAUCAAAGGAGGAGUGUCAGAAUUAUAUUCGUGUUCUGCUCAUCAGUGGGGACAGACUCUUUGCCUGUGGAACGAAUGCUUUCACACCCAUUUGCACGAAUCGGACGCUGUCCAACCUGGAGGAGGCGCACGAGCAGAUCAGCGGCAUGGCUCGCUGCCCGUACAGUCCCCAGCACAAUUCCACAGCGCUCCUCACAAGUACGGGCGAGUUAUACGCAGCCACGGUAAUGGACUUUGCAGGAAGAGACCCUGCCAUUUACCGCAGCCUGGGUGUCCUCCCUCCUCUCCGGACUGCGCAGUACAACUCUAAAUGGCUCAACGAACCAAAUUUUGUGUCAUCUUACGACAUUGGAAACUUCAUCUAUUUCUUCUUCCGAGAGAACGCCGUGGAACAUGAUUGUGGGAAAGUGGUCUUUUCUCGGGCUGCUCGCGUUUGUAAGAAUGACAUCGGGGGCCGGUUCUUGCUGGAAGACACCUGGACCACAUUUAUGAAAGCUCGGUUGAACUGUUCCCACCCUGGAGAAAUCCCCUUCUACUACAAUGAAUUACAGAGUACGUUCUUCCUGCCAGAACUGGACUUAAUCUACGGGAUCUUUACCACUAAUGUGAACAGCAUAGCCGUGUCUGCCGUUUGUGUCUUCAACAUGACGGCAAUAACGCAAGUCUUCAGCGGGCCGUUCAAGUACCAGGAAAACUCUCGCUCCGCCUGGCUGCCUUAUCCCAACCCUAACCCGAAUUUUCAGUGCGGCACCGUGGACCAAGGCUCGUAUUCGAAUCUGACCGAGAGGAGUCUUCAGGAUGCCCAGAAAUUCACUUUGAUGCACGGAGUGAUCCAGCCCGUCACGCCCGUUCCUUACUUUAUGGAGGACAACAGCCGCUUUUCCCACGUGGCCGUGGACGUGGUCCAAGGCAAAGACAUGCUUUUCCACAUCAUCUAUUUGGCUACAGAUCACGGCACCAUCAAGAAGGUGCUUGCUCCGGUGAACCAAACGGCGAGCAGCUGCUUGCUGGAGGAAAUCGAGAUCUUCCCGGCGUCGCGGUGGGAGCCUGUUCGGAGCCUGCAGAUCUUGCCUGGCCAGAGCGCUCUGUUCGUGGGCCUGCAGCGGAGUGUGGUGAAGAUCCCGCUGAAGAGGUGUCCCUUUUACAGAACACGCAGCGCCUGCGUUGGAUCGCACGAUCCUUACUGUGGCUGGGACCUGGUGCUCAAGAAAUGCACCCCGUUGGAGGAGAGCCUGAGCAUGAGUCAGUGGGAGCAGAGCAUCUUGGCGUGCCCGACAAGGAAUUUGACCGUGGAUGGCCAGUUUGGAAGCUGGUCGGAGUGGAAAUCCUGCACGCAUCUGGAUGCUUCCAGUGUAGGACUUUGCGUCUGCAGGUCACGCUCCUGUGAUAACCCAGCUCCAAAAUGCGGAGGGAGGCAGUGCGAAGGGCCGAGUAUGGAGAUAGCCAACUGCUCCAGAAACGGCGGCUGGGCCCCCUGGACGUCUUGGUCUCCUUGCAGCACCUCCUGCGGAAUAGGCUUCCGAGUCCGCCAGCGCUCCUGCAGCAACCCGAGUCCUCGGCACGGAGGCCGCGUGUGCGUCGGACAGAGCCGGGAGGAAAGGUAUUGUAACGAGCAUUUGCUGUGUUCCCCGCACACGUUCUGGACUGGAUGGGGCGCAUGGGAACGUUGCACAGCCCCCUGCGGAGGGGGCAUUCAGGCCCGCCACAGGACCUGCGAGAACGGCCCCGACUGCCCUGGCUGCAACGUUGAGUACCAAGCAUGCAACAGCAGUCCCUGCCCGGAGCUGAAGAAGGCGACUCCCUGGACGCCCUGGACGCCAGUGAACAUUUCUGACAACGGCGGCCACUACGAGCAGCGCUUCCGGUACACCUGCAAGGCCCGGCUCUCCGACACGAGCCUGUUGGAUGUGGGAAGGCAGCGCAUCGAGAUGCGGUACUGUUCCAGCGACGGCACCACCGGCUGCUCAACGGACGGCGAUUUCCUCCAUUCUGGACAUUACGCCACCCAUACCACAAAUGGCGGCUGGUCCCCCUGGUCUCCAUGGUCUCACUGCAGCCGCGACUGCAGCCGCGGGAUCCGCAACCGGAAGCGCAUUUGCAACAAUCCCGAGCCAAAGUAUGGAGGGCUGCCGUGCGUGGGGCCGUCCCUCGAAUACCAGGAAUGCAACGUUCUUCCCUGCCCAGUUGAUGGAGGCUGGUCUUGCUGGUCUUCUUGGUCCAAGUGCUCCACGACCUGCGGAAGCGGGCAUUACAUGAGGACUCGCUCGUGCACGAGCCCCGCGCCAGCCUACGGAGGCGACAUCUGCCUGGGACUCCACACCGAAGAAGCCGUCUGCAACACACAGCCGUGCCCAGAGAGCUGGUCCGAUUGGUCGGAGUGGUCCGGCUGCGAUGCUUCCGGAGUCCAGAUCCGCACUCGCCAGUGCGACGUCUUGUUUCCCGUGGGUCAGCAGUGCUCUGGAAAUGCCUCGGAGAGUCGGCCGUGCUUCUCUGAUUCCAAUUUCAUCCCGGAUGUAACCGUCGCUAGAAGCAGCAGCGUCAAAGAAAAGCGAUGUGGCGAGUUCAACCUGUUCCACAUGACUGCCGUGGGGCUGAGCAGCUCCAUCCUGGGGUGCCUCCUGACCCUCUUGGUGUAUGCCUACUGCCAGCGGUAUCAGCAGCACUCCCACGACGCCACGGUCAUCCACCCCGUGUCGCCUGCGGCCGCCCUUCACGCCAGCAUCACGAACCACAUCAACAAGCUGGACAAGUACGAUUCCGUGGAAGCCAUCAAGGCAUUUAACAAGAACAAUUUGAUCCUGGAAGAGCAAAACAAAUACUUCAAUCCACACCUCGCCGCAAAGGCCUAUUCCAACGCCUAUUUUACAGAUCUGAAUCACUAUGAUGAGUAUUAA